AUGGCACUGAGAGUAGCCAAGGCAUAUCGUACGGUCUCUACGAAUGAUAUUUUAGUAGUCGCUGGUAUGGUACCAGUGCAUCUAAAAGCGAUGGAGCAACAAUGUAAGUUCAAGGCGCUGAAAGAAGGGUCAAUAGUCGAAAAGGGGAUGUUGAGAGUAUCGACGUAUAGAAAAUGGCAGUCGCUGUGGAACUCAACCAAGACGGGAAUAUGGACUAAGAGGCUGAUCGGCGAUGUCAGGAAAUGGAUAGACAGAAGAUUUGGCGAGACAGAUUUCAAUUUGUCUCAAAUGCUGACAGGACACGGGUGUUUCGGAUACUAUUUACAUAAGUACAAAAAGCGGGAUGACCCGGCGUGCGUGGAUUGUGGAUCACCGAUGGAUGAUGUAGAACACACCUUGUUCAGGUGUGACAGGUGGUGGUGA